AUAUUGCUAAACAGGUAAUCCUCGAAGCCAUAGAAGAAUGGGAACGUGUUUUACCAUGUUUGGGGUCUUGGACAGAUAUAAAACAACUUCGUAACAAACCUAAGGCAUACAUACAAUUCUACAGCGGACAAGGGUGAGUUUAUAUCACAUAUAGUUCAUAAAUAUACAUGCAUGUUUGGAUACUCGAUGAAACUACCAUACAGCUCAUUAUCUAAUAUGUUUCUUUUCUCCAUCGAUCUCCAAGCUAUGUAUUCCAAUAACUAACUAUAUGAUCACAUAUUUGACCAACGCAUAUUUAUACACUUUUCCACUAGUUGCAUGGCUACCUUUAUUCUGGUGCUCAUCACUAUGGUAGAAAGCAUGCGAGAUAUCCGAAAAUUAUGUGAACCAAGCAUGAAAAUGUGUUAGCUGAAUAGCUGAUAUAAUGCAUAAUGGCAUAGAACCUAGUAAUUAUUAAAUACUUUGCCAAAGCGCUAUUGAAAAUUUUGCUUUGUAGAAAAUAUUAGAGAGGUUCACUAUUCACUUCCACUAACUAAUCAGAUGCGUUUAAUCUACCUGAUUAAGAGGAAACCUUUUUCGAUGUUGCGUAUUUGCGAUGGAAAGUGUUCAAAACCGAAAAUCUUUUGGCGUACCUCUCAAAAUUGCUUUGUUUUAGCUUUAUUUUCUAUUUUAUACAGUUAGCUAACUUUUUAAAUGUAUUUGCUGGUCGAGAAACAUUAAAUAAUAGGAAAAAUUUGACAAUUCACAUAUAAUUAUCAGUGAUGCUUAGCUUUAAAAGUGACGCCAUAGUUACCAGCAAUAUUAGCAAAACUUGCUCAACUUCAGACAUCAUUUUCUUUUUGGCGUAUCAUCUGAAAUCUCUUCAACUUUAGUAUUAUUUUACAUGCAGAUAGAGCACUAAACAUACUUUUGGUUUGUUUGCCGCCGAUUGAGAAACGUAUCGAAAAAGAAAAAUUUUAUCGGAAUGUAGUCUGCAUGCAUAUAAACCCAAGUGGUAUAUACAGCUAUUUCAAUUAAGGUUGUCCCCCGAGCAAAGCGGAGAAGUCGAAUACGAGCGCGAAAGGCUGCUGGGAAUGGCUAAUAAAUCCAUUCAUUUACGUAAAAAACUCUCUCAAUUGAUCAGGUGUGUACUGAGCCAGUGAAAGAUCGCAGUAGUGGUAGUGGUAGUAGGUACAUAUAGGUAGAUACAUUAUCGGCAUGCCAACAAACAAACAAAGAACUUGAUCUUUUAUUUCACCCAUCAUUUGAAAAUACUUUUUCAUUGCCUUUGAAAUCCUUGAGGAUGCUUGUACAUAUUCUUCUUCGACCAAAUUGGAAAAUGGAAGGCAUUUUCAGUAUUUUAGUGAGUAAAUAUUUAUUAUAGAUGUAACUCGCCGGUUGGUCGUUUGGGAAAACCCCAGCGAAUAUCCAUAGGUAAAGGUUGUGAAAACAAAGUGAUCGCGGUUCAUGAAAUAGGUAAGUCUUUGGCAAACACAUUCGAGUAAUAGUAGUUUUAACACAAUGCGCCUUAGUGCACCGGCCUCCUGCUAUUGAACAAUUAUUCACCGAAGUGGAUGUGAAUCAGUAGUGAAAAGGAUAUUCACCGGAACGCGAAGCGUUGAGAUGGGUAUCCUUGCAUGCACUAUUCAGGCUAUUCACCGACACUGAGGUGAAUAAACGUUUUAGCAUACACCACAACAAAACAAAAAUGACAAAAAAAAACAACGAAAAUAUUUUAAAACAAUUCUUAUUUCAGCUCCCGUAAUAGUUGCAAUUUGUAAACAAUUCGGUAUUCACACGCUUUCAGUAAUUUCAUCAUUUUUUCAUUGGACAUAGCUUUAAAGAAUACCUCUACCCACUGUUAAACAAAACUGUGUGACGUUCUUCGUGUUGAUGAAACGGCAGUUUCGUUUAGUACAAGAAAUUGCUCGUCUGUAACCGGAACGAAACGGGACGCCAUUUUGUUUUUGUCCCGAGGUGAAUAGUGCAAGCAUAUCCGGAGCUGAGCAACCAAUCAAUUUGCGUGAAAAGCACUAUCCACCACUCGAGUAUAUACUAAUGCCAGAUAUUGCAAGUCGGGGGCAGCGAUUUACUAAUUGGGUUGGAUAACUUCCUUCCUCCCCUGUGUUUGGACGGUUUUUCUUCGGGACCUUUCGUUUUCCUCCAUCCCUUUUCUGAUCAAGCUAGAGGAAGAAUGUGAGAAGAAAAGCAACCUUUUAUUUCUGAUUCACCCACGGUCCAUUAAUUGGUCCUGAAAAACGCCUUUUGAGAACUUUGACUGAAUGCAUUGAAAGAGCAGAAUAUAUUCACUUAUUUUCUUCCAAUCUGGCUGCUUUCUUCUUCGCUUGCUUCGAGGAACUCAAAGAGUGAACGCGUGCUCGCAUCGAGUUGAUUGAUCAGUAGUCACGCGUUACAUUGCGGCUUUUAACCAGAUUGAGAUUUUUAAUAGCUGUAUGAUUUUAAUCUAAUGACUGGAAAUUUAAAGAAAAUUGCUACCUAUCUUAGUCAUAACCUUAAAGUGAUGAUUUGUGAAAAUAUAACGGAAAUCUCAUGAAUAGAACAAAAGGGUACAAGCUCACUUGAUUCAGUAUGAAUACAUGAUUGUUCUGCAUGAGAUUUCCGGAUAUAUGCUGCAGAGAAUAGAAAAUGUCGUGAUUUGCAGUUUUUGGCGACAGUGAUUGCCCUCCCUGUCUGCGUUUCUGGCUUUCCCCUUAUAUUCACUAAUGUUUGACAUGACACAAAAUAUUGAUCAUGAUGAUGCGCAACAUUACGGGCAAUUUUUGUAUCCCUCUGUAUACAAUAUUUAUUGUGUAGACAAUCGGAUAUAAAUUAAGCCGUAAGCUUUUUUCUUUAGUACAUUUUCAACUAAAGGGAUGCCCAGUCGUAUACUGGGACAAUUCUUUGUUUGCAUUAAAAUCAUACCAUGAUAGUCUAUCAAGAUAUGAAGAAACUAAACAGAAGGCAUUGUGUUAUAUUUUGGUCUGGGUUUAUGCUAAUUUGUGCACGGUCACGGUGAUCUUUGAGCUAUUGUAAUUUCGUACCAUUGAGUAAUCGUCCAAUGGGGAUAGCUAAGAUGAAACGUGUGAUAACGAUGAUUAUAAUAUAGCAUUUGUAAAUUCUGAACGCUGAUUGGCUAAGAGCCGUGUUGAUAUAACUCCAUGUCAACACGGGAAAUUUUCCGCCGCUUAUAAACACGGAAAUUGUUCUUAUUCUUCGGGCUUUUGACAUUGCUAUAUUAUAAAACAAAUAUAAAACAUUUUUCCGUAUUGAUAUAUAGUUAUAUCAACACUCGUGGAAGUUGGGAAAACUCGAAAUUGUGUGAAAACACUCCGCCCUUCGGGCGUCGUGUUUCCACACAAUUUCUCGUUUUCCCAAUUUCCACUCGUGUUGAUAUAACUGUAUAUCAACACGGAAAAUGUUUUAUAUUUGUUAAAUAAUUGUUAAUUAUUAUAUGGCAAGCAUUUUUUUGGCGAAUUGCGCAAUUUGAUUGGCUGCUGACGAGGCAGGAUCAUAUUUCAUUCCUAUGGCUAUGCUUUUCUACUACAUAUUCAUGAAAAAAGCAUGUACAAAAACCAAAUGUCUUCUCGUGUGUGUCUUGCUAGUUUUCUCGAAUUUUCGUAUUUCGUGUUUAUAUCUCUUCAAUUUUUUGUCAGCCUUACUAACUUAAUUACACGAUCGUACUGAUCUCAAAUUAGUUCGCAUGCAACACUGGGAUUUUAAUGAAUAAUACCGUAUUUACUUUUUAUUAGCAGAUGUAAAAUUAAUUUUACAUCCGCUAAAAAGUAAAUACGGUAUUUUCAAGACCACAGAAUACACAGAAUAGACAAUCUUGUGUUGAGAUAAAGAAUUUGUGCAUAGUGAGGAACAGUUCAGCAUCAAACAAGCUUUGAAGUUUGCUGGGCUUCCAGACCAUCAUGUCUUGACAUAGGCCUACUAUGAUACCUUGCGAGGAUGCUGUUGUCGAUGACUCGCUAGCAUAAGAACAAUAUAUUUUCUUCCCAGGUCAUGCAAUGGGAAUGUGGCACGAGCAAUCAAGGCCAGACAGAGACAGAUAUAUCCAGAUAUUGUGGGAUAAUAUUAUACCAGGUGGUUAUAUUAGAUAUUUAUAUUAUACUAUAAUGCAAUGUCCAUAUCUGAAAUCAAGUGGCCAGAAAUCACAGAUGUUAGUCUACACCCUUACGGCUUGUUUCCACGAUGGCAAAAUUCUUCGUGAGAAAUUGUUCCUACGAAACAUGGAUGGUUGCACAUUAAUGAUUUAUUGAAUUUCGCUUUCACAGUGAGUAGAACUGAUUUUCUACUCAUUGGCGAAGCGAAAAAAGUGAGAAUUUUUCUGGUGAAUUUUGCCAGGAAAAAGAGCUCGUGGCAUUAUUAAAAUUUUGUAACUUAAAUCGCAAAAUCUGAAAAUGAGGUACGUCGUACCGUCGUUUUCAAAUUUCAAAAAUUGGUGGUUGCGAAACGACGUCUCUCAAAGUACUUGGUGUAAUAUAUUUGUUUGGUUCGAGUUGCUCCCCAUCCUGCUUUUUUCUAUAUUUGUACAAGCGUUAGUUUAUGACUAAAUUUGUUUAUUUAAUCUUAUAUAAAAUACAAUAAUAGGAAUAAACUAUAAUUCAAGAUGAAUAGUUACCUAUAAACAAGGCCAAUAUUACACAAAAUACUUCGAGAGAGAAUUUUACAACCAGCGAUUUUAACUCUAUAUCAUCUCAGAUUUUACGAGUUACAACGAGUGAAUGCCAAUAGAGGCUUCAUGCUAAAUUGUAAUGUUUCAAGAGCAAGUUAGCACUGAGCCUGGAAUUGUUGUUACUCUUCUUGACAAUUAGAGAGUAAAUUCGGUCUAUUGAUUGACUGUUUACAGCUGAGGUCAUAUUUCAACGUGAUUUGUAAAUUAGUAUACGGAAGUACAAUAAGUUAUGUCCGUAAUUUCUAAUGGCCACGUGACUAAAAAGACACCAGAACUUGGUAUCUCGAGACCUUCAUUGGUUAUGCCACAUAUUUGAGCAGCAAGUCAACAUGUCCAACAUUAAUCCAUGUCGCUUAAUUUUUUAAUGGCUUGUUUCUUCUAAUAAUAUUAAUUUUUAGAAUGGAGAUCUGCAUUUCGUAAGAUAACUGCGAGUGUUGUCAAUAGUUAUGGAGUUAAAUACGACUUUGAGUCCGUAAUGCACUACCCAUCGAACGCCUUCGCAAAACAUCCUGGUUUGGAAACAAUGAAAAGUAAAGAUGGAAACAGACGGUUGGGAAACACUCAAGGAUUAACAGAAAAGGAUGUUAAACAGGUUCAAAGGAUGUAUAAAUGUUGGCCUAAUGGGAAGAAGGAAGGUAAAUAUUCAAAAAUUAUUCACCGAAAUAGAAUUGCACACUGUUAAACAAAACGUUGCAGCUUUCUUUGUGUUUCGUCGAACCACAGCUUCUUCUGGUUAAAAAAGGUUUAAUUUCAAUACUCCACGACAUUCAAAAGAUAACAAAUUAAAGAACAAUCUCGUUCCCCGAGCCUGCGAUCCUCGGGAAGAAAACGAAGGCUCUGGGAUAAUCAGUUGCCGGAAGCCAGGAAUUCUGGCUAAGAUUGAACUACGCAUUCCAUCUCAACGGCCAUCAGAUUCCUCCCUGAAACGGAUUAUCCCAGAGCCUCGCGUUCCUUCCCGAGGAUCGCAGGCUCGGGGAACGAGAUUGAUUAAAGAAUUCAAAGAGAGUAGUACUUAGUCUCCGAAGCAGCCAGUGUUAUGGAAGAGAACACGUGCAAGUCCUCCCCUAUAUAUUAUAUAUAUAUACUGUAUAUAUUGGCGAAUUGUUGAAUUGCAGAACGAUAACAUGUUGUUGGAACAAGUCUGUUGAGCUGAACAACCUUGAGGCUAUAUUUGUCAAUAAGCUGUUGACAACUUGUCAACAAGCUUGGGAACAAGCAGUGCGGUCACAUCUUGUUGACAAAUUGUUGAAACAGCAUUGUUACAAGUCUGCUGCAGAUUUGUUACAACUUACCCGAAAAUGUUAGAGCACUUGGUUAAAUUAUUCCCCCAUAAAGUGUUAAUAAAAUGAAAUUUUGCCCCUAUUUUUUAUUGCAUUACUUGAAAAUAUGUUCAACAUAAGAACGACUAUUAUAACUUUAAUAACAAUUUACCCGUAUCUCAUCUUAUUCCCAACUUAUCGAGCAUUUUGUUUUUUUGGGCUAUGACGUCACUGGUUGUGCUUGAUAUGGUAGCAAAAAGAAGAAAGUGUAAUAUCUCAGAGGUGAUUCAACAAUAGUAAAUGAUAUUUCGUACAAUUACUAGUCAGUACACUUAAACAAACAUUUUUAUAUGUUUAUUAUGUUUAUAUGGUUGCCAUGACAACCGACUAGUCAUCAGGUCUCUCUCUAUUUAAAUAAUAUCUGCUGCAGACCCUUUGCAACGAACGUUUGUUUUAAUUAGAUAAUUAAGAUAGACUAAUCUUACCACAACGUCUAUAAGAAUUAUAUCAACAAAUGAAAAUUAAAAAAAUGGCAUUACAUUUCCAUGAAACAAGGGAUUAGGAAAAUGUAAGAGAGAGACCUGGUAGCUCGUUUGUUGCCAUGACAACAGUAUAAACAUACCAAAAUGUUUGGCUAAGUGCACUUACUAAUUGUACCAAAUUUCAUUUAAUUUUAAUUUGUUGAAGUACCUCCGAGAUAUUAGACUUUCCCCUGUUUGCUUCCAUUUCAAGCACAACCACACUGGGACCAGAUCUAUAUCUCCUCUCAUAUAAAGGAUAACAUUAAAUUUUAACAGGGAUUUCAAGUAACACGUGGUACGUUCUGGCAAAGAGGGGCAGCUCUUCAUGUAAGGCACAUUAAACAUCCCAUUAGUCGAGUCAGGUUCUGACACUACAGUGUCGCAUCUUAUUCCCAAUGAAAGCGCAAGCGUUACUUUAUUCAUUUCCUAGACCUAGAAGUUGCUUGCAGCGAUCAUUCAAAUUCAUGCAAAGCCUGGCAAGAAGCUGGAUUUUGUAGACCUGGUAACAUGUAUUACAACUAUAUGAAUAAAAAUUGUUGUAAAACAUGCCAAGGUAAAUUUAAUUACAACUUAUAUUUUUGCUAGAUAUAGACCACAUUCAUAAUUUGCAAUCGGGGUCCCGUAUCCUAGGAAACGGGAAUAAACGGGGGUGGGCAGUUCAAUUCCCUUUUCUCAGCCAAAGUAUUGUGUGAAUCCAGUCACUCGACCAACUGAUUUGCCAAAUUCCCCAACUGGCAGCAAAAUUGUUGGUCGAAAUCCCAUUUUCCAAUCCCAGUUGAGCAAAUCCCAUUUUCCAAUCCCUCAUAGCGAAGACUUUGGGAGAUGCGAGGGUCAAAAUUUUAACUAAUUACUUUUAGCUGCGUGCACCGUGGAAGACAAACAUAAAUCGUGUGGCAAGUGGUUUGACGCUGGAUUUUGUCGUCAUAUCUUAUACCAGAAAUUCAUGGCGAGGUUUUGCAAGAAGUCAUGUCAAUGCUAAUGAUUCGCGAGGACUAUCAUGGAAUUGACGAAAUGACAAUUGAAUGA